UGAACCAUUACAUUCAAAGAGAGUGAAGGAUGUGGUGCAAUAAUGUAUCAAAAGAGAUUGGACCCCGUGGAUUUUAAACCAAGAACUCAUAGUUUGAAGCUAGGCCACUCUUCUUGCAUGAACUUUAUCCGUUUGGCUUUAAAAUAUAUACAGAAUCCAAAUAAUCCACACUAAUUUUCAGUGGCUCUCUUGGUAUUUGCGUUCCCAUAGUGCCACGUGAUAUAUGAUAUAUCUUUUGGCUAAGACGAAAAAAAAAACUCCGGAUUUUUGUCAGGAACACAUAAAACAGUCACAACUUGGGCGUGCGUAUCUCUGUGCUUAACACAUGAACUGAGCUAGCUAUAGCCUCUCGCGCGGAUAAAAACUCCAAACCCAGUUCACAGGGGUAACAUCUGUGAGAAGGUUACUACUUCAUCAUGUCUCCCAGGGCAUUAGACUAUGAGUCGCUGAAUGAAAACGUGAAGAGGGCCCAAUAUGCUGUUAGAGGGGAACUGUAUCUUCGUGCUUCUGAGCUUCAGAAAGAAGGGAAGAAGAUUAUUUUCACAAAUGUUGGUAAUCCUCAUGCAUUAGGACAGAAGCCGCUGACCUUUCCUCGCCAGGUGGUUGCUCUUUGCCAAGCUCCAUUUCUACUAGAUGAUCCGAAUGUUGGGCUGCUUUUUCCUGCUGAUGCAAUUGCAAAAGCAAAACAUUAUCUUUCAUUGACUACGGGUGGUCUUGGUGCUUACAGCGACUCCCGAGGACUUCCAGGAGUAAGGAAGGAAGUGGCAGAGUUCAUUGAAAGGCGUGAUGGUUAUCCAAGUGACCCAGAACUCAUAUAUCUCACGGAUGGUGCCAGCAAAGGUGUGAUGCAGAUCUUGAAUACUGUCAUCCGUGGUGCAGGGGAUGGGGUUUUGGUUCCAGUACCCCAAUACCCACUUUACUCAGCUGCAAUCUCUCUAUUUGGUGGUUCUCUUGUCCCAUAUUUCCUAGAGGAGACAGAAAAUUGGGGCCUUGAUGUCAAUAACCUUCGCCAGUCAGUUGCUGAGGCUCGCUUUAAAGGAAUAACUGUAAGGGCUAUGGUGAUUAUAAAUCCUGGGAACCCCACUGGUCAGUGUCUUAGUGAAGCUAAUUUGAGAGAAAUACUGAAGUACUGUAACCAGGAAAACUUAGUUUUGCUUGGAGAUGAGGUCUAUCAGCAGAACAUAUACCAGGAUGAGCGCCCUUUUAUUAGUGCUAAAAAGGUUUUGAUGGAUAUGGGGCCGCCUAUAAGCAAGGAGCUCCAGCUUGUCUCUUUCCAUACUGUGUCCAAAGGAUAUUGGGGUGAAUGUGGACAGCGGGGUGGUUACUUUGAGAUGACUAACAUUCCUCCCAAGACAGUUGAUGAGAUCUAUAAAGUUGCAUCCAUAUCACUCAGUCCAAAUGUCCCUGCACAGAUAUUUAUGGGCCUGAUGGUGAACCCACCCAAACCUGGCGAUAUUUCAUAUGAUCAGUUUGUUAGGGAAAGCAAAGGAAUUAUUGAAUCGCUUAGGAGAAGAGCAAGAAUAAUGACUGAUGGAUUUAAUAGCUGCAGAAAUGUGGUUUGUAAUUUCACUGAAGGUGCCAUGUAUUCAUUCCCUCAAAUACGCUUGCCACCAAGAGCAAUAGAGGCUGCCAAAAGGGCUGGAAAAGUUCCUGAUGUUUUCUACUGUCUCAAGCUUUUGGAAGCCACUGGCAUUUCAACCGUCCCUGGCUCCGGAUUUGGACAAAAAGAAGGGGUCUUCCACUUGAGGACAACCAUCUUACCAGCUGAAGAGGAAAUGCCUGAAAUCAUGAACAGUUACAAGAAAUUUAAUGAUGAGUUUAUGGAGCAAUAUGAAGAUCAUAGAGGUUACUCAAGGAUGUAAAGGGAUGCUUCAAAUGUCUAAAUUUGUAUCAUAUUUUUGGCUAUCACAAGCCAUUUGAUGUAUACUCCCCAAACUUUAAUCAUUUUCUCUCUACUUGGGCUAUAAACUUCAUGCUGUUGAAGAUAAUUCUUUGCACUUCCUAGAUUCCUGUGUAAACUUACAUACAAUCUCUCUUAUGAAUCUUGUUCCUUUUGAACCCCAAUAAAAUGUCAUAAAAUAGUGCUUCUUUAA